AUGUUUUUCUCACGUCAUUUUCCGCGGCCGCCCACCGGCGGAGCCAAGCAGCCCUCGACUGGAGCUUUCUCCCACGCAGGCGUUCGUCUCGCUUCUUCCCUGGCCCCGCAUCCGUCCGCUCCGGCGCCUGCCGUCGCCCGUCGUUCCGCCGCCUCCUUCUCUGGGCCCCAGUCGCCCUUCGCAGCCGCAGUUCCAUCGUCUUCGCCGCGUUUCCGGCUCCGCGCCGUGGCUGAGUCUCCUUUUUCUUCGUCCGCCUCUUCGCCCUCUUCGGCUCCAGCGCCUCGUCUUCUCUCAGUUCCUUCUUCGUUCUCGGCGCGGCGUUCGAUCUCUCUCUCGUCGCGACCGCGGUCGGCUGAUGAAGAGACAGUAAGCGACCCUCGCCGGGGCGAAGAGGAGAGACAGUGGCGACAGGCGGACGCAGACCGAGAGGAGGCGAACAGCGCAGAGAGGGGCGCGCUCGCUGCCGCCAGCCGGCUGCUGAACCGCGCGUUCCCUGCCGCCUGGAAGGCCCUCGAAAGGAGACAAAUCGAAAGCAUGCUGCCCAGGUAUAUCUUCGACGACGCGCCCCCCGAGGAGAUUCUGCUCGGCAUGAGAAUCAAGGAGUUCAACACGACGCGCGAAGAGAUGGAGGCGAGGCGAAACCACGUGGAUGCGCGGCUCAAGGCGCUUGCAGAAGAUUCCGACCCCUUUGCGCUGGUUCGCCCAGAUAUCAAAGACCUCGACCUCAGUCUGCUCACGUCAAUUCGCUCAGUGUACUCGGAUCUGUCUGGCGUGUCGAGCUACCUGCUGACUGCGCCUGGGAAGCGGUUUCGCCCUGUGAUUCUUCUGCUUCUGCGGCGCGCCCUGAUGGAAUUGCCGAAGCUGUCGCGGGCCUCCAGCCGCGAGUCUGAAACGCGAGCGCUUGAGAGAGGAGCAGGCCUCGAACUCUGCAUGGUUCAAGUCGCUGAGCUCAUUCACACAGCGAGCAUGAUGCACGACGACGUCAUUGAUGGCGCGGACACCCGGCGGGGGCAAAUGGCAACGCACAAGCGCUUCGGCAACAAAACUGCGAUCUUGGGAGGGGAUUUUCUCCUCAGUCGAGCGAACGGCAUUGUCGCGACGUGUGGAUCGCCUGAAGUCAUGCUUCGCAUGUCGAGCGUCAUUGAGAGCCUCGUGAAAGGCGAGCUCAUCCAGGCCAUCAGCGACUCGAAGGAUCUAGACACCGCGCUGCGGACCUACCUGAUCAAGACGUACCAUAAGACUGCUUCGCUGAUCGCGGAAAGCUGCGCCUGCCUUGCGCUUCUCAUGGGCAUGCCGCCGCGGUGGGCGCAGUGGAGCUUCGAUUUUGGCGCCUGCGUGGGCAUGGCGUUUCAAUUGUACGACGACGAGCUGGACUUCACUGCAUCAUCCAAGCACCUGGGCAAGCCUGCACUGAGUGACUUGCGCUCGGGAGUGAUCACGGCCCCAUUGCUGAUGGCAGCCCUCGAAGAGGAGGAGCGCGGUCUUGAUGCACGCGAGGCGCACGCCAUUUUGUUGAGGCGGGCGCAGCGUGAAGGGGACGUCGAAAAGGCCAUAAACCUGAUUUUUGCCGGGAACGCGAUGCCGCGCGCGCAGCUGCUCGGCCGCAUGUACGUCCACCGCGCCAUUGAGCUUCUGGAGGAGCUCACGGUUGCUACAGGGGCGUCCGCGUCUUCUCUGCCUUCUGCGUUGGCUCUGAAAGCCGCCGAACAAAGCGAGGAGGCACGGCGGGCAAUGGGCACGCAGGCGAGGGACGCCCCCGAAGUCUGUCGCGCCCUCGCAGCUCUCCUUCAGGCCACCCUCCAGCGGCGGUCGGGCUGA